AUGCAUUAUGAAGUAUGUUAGCCAGAUUUUUAUGAUUUUUAAACACAAUGUCUUGCUCAUUAACUUGGAUGCCAAGUUUUUAAUAUAUUUAAUGUAUAUUAUGACCUCCUACAUUUAAGUAAAGGCCUUACUCAACUGCUUUCAUAACUUUUCCUAUCUCGCUUCAACUGUUCAACUUACUUUGAUGAUAAAUAAAUAAUACUGAAAAUAAAUAGAUUUAUAGUUUGUGCUACCUGUUCAUCUUUUACUUGUAUUCUAAAUAUUCAAAUAUAUUCUGUAUACAGAAUAUGUGAAACCUGUUUGGAUGAUGCUUUCUGCAAGACUUUUGAAAAUACUAUUAGUACUUGA